AUGCUGGGCAGUCAGUUUCCAGUUGAUCUUGGGAAAUUCAAGAAGCUUGAGCUCGACUACAGCCACCCGAAGCUUUCAGCAGAGCAGAAACAGGACUUACAAUCAAACAUCAACGUCUUCCGUGAUGCAAUCAUAGCCUUCACUGCCACCGGAGCCGCUCGCGGCGUGUCGGGCCACACUGGUGGCCCAUUCGAUACUGCGCCAGAAGUCUGCAUCCUGCUUGCAUUUAUUAAUGCAAAGCCGGGCGCAUUUGUAGAUGCCUUAUUUGACGAAGCUGGUCAUCGAGUAGCUACUCAGUACUUGCUGUCUGCCCUUAACGGCAAGAUCAGCGCAGAACACCUGCUGAACUACCGCGAUGCAGACUCAAAGCUUCCCGGCCACCCGGAGCUGGGCCUCACGCCUGGAGUUAAGUUCAGCUCCGGGCGUCUAGGCCACAUGUGGGGGAUGGUCAACGGAAUUGCCAUGGCGAAUAAGGAAAAGAAUGUAAUAAUGCUGGGCUCGGAUGGAUCUCAACAGGAAGGAAAUGACGCCGAAGCCGCCCGCAUUGCUGUUGCCAAUAACCUCAACGUCAAGCUUUUCAUCGACAACAACGACGUGACGAUUGCCGGUCAUCCGUCCCAGUAUCUCAAGGGCUAUGAGAUUGCCAAGACCCUCCAAGGCCACGGCCUCAAGGUCAUCAGUGCCGAUGGCGAAGAUCUUGAUUCACUAUAUGGUGCCGUGAGUGAGGUUUUCAACAGCAAGGGCCCCGCUGCUGUCGUGGUGAACCGUAAGAUGGCUCCCGGUAUCGACAGUUUGGAGGGCCAGACUCACGCUCACGAUGUGAUUACCGUCGAUAUUGCUCGCAAGUACCUCACGAAGCGCGGAUAUAGCCAAGAAGCACUCGCUUUCUACGACGAUAUUAAAGGUCGUUCGAACCCACACCAAUAUAUAGGCUCCUCGAAAGACAAGGGUGCCAACCGCUCCAUUUUUGGUGAAGCCGUCAACUCGAUCCUCGAUGGUCUGAGCAAAGAAGAAGCUGUCUCUCGUGUGAUGGUAAUCGACUCUGAUCUGGCCGGCUCGACCGGGUUGAAGGCAAUCCAAUCCAAACACCCAGAAGUUUUUGUUGCCUCUGGCGUAAUGGAGCGCGGGAAUUUCUCUGCGGCGGCAGGUUUUGGCUUUGGAAGCAAUGGCGAGCGCCAAGGAAUCUUUUCUACAUUCUCCGCGUUCCUCGAAAUGUGCAUUUCUGAAAUCACGAUGGCGCGGCUGAAUGAUUGCAGCGUAUUGUCCCAUUUCUCCCACAGCGGCGUUGAUGAGAUGGCAGACAAUACAUGUCAUUUCGGGCUGAACCACUUUUUCGCCGAUAACGGCUUGUUGGACUCUGGAAGUACUUCGCUCUAUUUCCCUGCUGAUGGCGAGCAAAUGAAGGCCGUCGUCAAAAGGGUCUUUUGGGACAAGGGCUUGCGUUUCAUUUUCUCAACGCGCUCUAAGGUCCCAUAUAUUCUCAAGGAGGGUAGCGACGAAAGAUUAUACGGAGGCAACUAUGAGUUCGUUCCUGGCAAAGAGGACAUUAUCCGCCGUGGAUCAGCUGGAUACAUUGUCUCGUACGGAGACAUGCUUUACCGAUCCCUUGAUGCGGUAGAGAACCUACGGAAGCAAGGUCUCGACGUAGGUCUCGUCAAUAAGCCAACGCUUAACGUGGUCGACGAGGAUGCUAUCAAAGUUUACGGAUCGACAGGAUUUGUCAUCGUUAUUGAGUCUAUUGCCCAAAAAACUGGCCUCGGAUCCCGUCUUGGAAGCCAGCUGCUUGAAAGGAAACUCACCCCAAAGUACAAAUCGAUUGGCUCUGUCAAGGAGGGCAGCGGAGGUUUAUAUGAACAAAUCAAUGGCCAGGGUCUGGGCCCAGAGCAUAUCCUUGCGACUGUGAAGGAGGUGGCAGGCAAAUAG